GUUACCAGGGGAACCGAGCCGCCGCGUCUCGCCGGGUCCCAGAAGCUUAGAGGCCCUGUGUGUAGGUUGGCCAGGCACCCUCUCGGGAGCGGCCGCGCCUCGGGUGUAAACUGCCUUGACCCCAGGGAUUGCCUCUUGGCGUCUGAAGGCAUCUGAAGGCAUCUGAAUGAAGAUUCUGGGCUUCUCUCCCCAGAUGCGUGAUACUGGGAUGGGCUGGGGAUGCAGGGAUUUAACAGCUGUGGAGUUCCCCAGAGCCCCUUUAGCUCUGCAUUAGAGCAUCAUCAUCAUGUCGAGCUGCCUCUUCCUCCUGAAGGCACUUCUUGCUCUUGGGUCCGUGGCAUCCUGGGUGACUGCAGGAGAGCAUGAGUUUGGCGGUGAAUGUCCUGCCGACCCCCUCCCGUGUGAAGAGCUGUGUGAUGGGGACGCAUCCUGUCCUCAGGGACAUAAGUGCUGCAGCACCGGCUGUGGCCGUGCCUGCCAUGGAGACAUUAAGGGAGGGCGGGGUGGUGACUGUCCAAAAAUUUUGGCGGGCCUGUGCAUUGUCAGCUGCAUGGCGGAUGAGCACUGCCAAGCUGGGGAAAAGUGCUGCAAGUCAGGCUGUGGCCGUUUCUGUGUCCCGCCAGUCCUGCCACCCCAGCUGGCCCUGAACCCCAACCGGACCAUCAGGUCUAAUUUUGAAUUAGAGAUCCUGGUGCCCUAGCUGUCCUGAUGUGUCCUGAGUUUCUUUGGUGACUCCAGGGGGCUUGUCCUGGUAGCCAGGAGAGGAUGAUGUCCUGGGGCUUGUGACACCCCCAGGGACUUUCAUUGCCCUCUCUGCUCUGUUUCUAUUCUUGCUGCUGCCCUGAGCGUAGGAAACCCAGCCCUGGGCUUGGGCAGUGAGUGUGUGGUGCUUCUUUUCCCCAAUAAAGGCUGAUGCUGAC